GGUUUAAAUAUUUCUGCGUCCGCCCCUGGCAAAGUAAUUUUAUACGGUGAACAUGCUGUAGUUUAUGGAAAAUUGGCCCUGGCUGCUAGUCUAGGACUAAGAACCAAGGCUUACCUACAAGAAAAUUGUAAAGCUUUAGAAGACAACUGUAUUAACUUGGAAUUAAAAUCAUUUAAUAUAAACACACAACUUGGCGUUAAGGUAUUUCUGGAAGAAUCCGACUUUACAUAUGAAAAAAACGCUUUUUCGUGGGAUUUACCCGAACUAAUAAACCAAAAAGUAUUAGAGCAAAAAAUUGACACAUAUCUUCAAACCCUGGACAUUUUAAAAUCGUUGGAUAACAAUUCUCCACUAUAUUUAUCGUUAAAAACAUUUUUAUUUUUAACAACUGGCAUCUUAGGGUCCCUAGAUAUAAAAAUCCCUACUUUGGACGUACAAAUUAAUUCUGAACUAACUAUAUCCGCUGGCACAGGUAGUUCGGCUUCAUACGCGGUCACAUUGGCAGCCCUGUUAGUGCAUUAUGCUAGGUUGAAGUCUAGGGGAAAAAAUAAUGUGUCUAAAAAUGGUUACAAGGCUUAUAACUUUGGUGAUUUUGAUGAUAAAUCGUUUGAUCAUGAAGAUUUAGAAAUAAUAUCGAAAUGGGGACUACAUGCUGAAAAAAUUAUACAUGGGACUCCCUCAGGUAUUGACAAUACUAUCUGUACUUUUGGAUCUAUGGUUGAAUUUAGAAAAGGAGCCCCUCUAAAAUUACUUAAAAUCAAUAAAAACCUAAAAAUAUUACUAGUUAACUCAAAAAUCCCCAGAAAUACUAAAAAAAUGGUUGCCGGCGUAGCGGAUUUGUGCCAAAACCAACAAAAUAUCACAUGUCAUAUAUUAGAUGCUAUAGAAGAAGUCUCCAAGAACUUUAUUCGUUAUGUAUCACAAAAUAAUGAUAACGAUGAUAAUUUAUAUCAAAGAUUUUUCGAGUUGUGCGAUUUAAACCAUAACCUACUAAGCGCGUUAGGUGUUUCACAUGUCAAAUUAGAAAAAAUACGCAAAAUUUGCCUAAAGCAUGGUUUACACGGAAAACUUACAGGAGCGGGAGGUGGGGGGUAUUUUUUCACUUUUAUACCCCCAAAGUAUGCUCAAGGAACCCUGGAAACUUUAAUCCAAAUACUACAUAAUAAAGGAUUUGAUGCCAAUAUUGUAGAAUUAGGCGGAACCGGUGUUGAAAUAAAUUAA